AUGGAUAUCAAUUUGGGGGGCGACCAGCCUACCCAGACCAGCAUCAAGAUCCUGGUUCACCCGGAAUGGGCACCCAAAGGUGCAGCACAGUUCAAGAAGCUGAUCGAGCAGGGCUGGUACGACGACGCCGGGAUUUUCCGUGUCGUCCCGGGCUUCGUGGCGCAGUUUGGCCUGCCAGCAAAGCCGCAGAAAUUGGCCAACAUCCCCGAUGAUCCGGUGAAGGUCAGCAACAAGCGUGGCACGCUUGUGUUCGCCACGGCGGGCCCCAACACGCGAACCUCCCAGAUGUUCAUCAACUACAAGGAUAACGCCUUCCUCGACAAGCAAGGAUUUGCUCCGAUCGGAGAAGUGAUGGACAACGGCAUGGAGGUGGUGGAAAAGUUCUACAAGGGUUAUGGCGAGCAGCCGAACCAAGGGCUCAUCUCUAGCAAAGGCAACGCGUACCUCGACACACAGUUCCCAAAGCUCACAAAGAUCGCAAAGGCCACGAUCUCUUCGUAG